AUGAAGGUUUAUAUUAUCAUCUUAAUAUCAAUUUCAAUAUUGGUUACAUUCUAUAAUAUUUAUAAAUCAAUCAAAAAAUCAAAUCCUCUAAAAAUACUUUACAAUCUUAGUGGAUUGGUUUUUUAUGCUACACGUUUAAUCAUAGAAUCAAACCAUUCAAGACCAACGACAAAUUCAAAUAAUAAUAAUAGUGAGGAAAGUGAAUGCGAUGAUGGAUUAAAUGCCAAUAUAAUAGCAUUUUAUUGCUAUAUAGCAAUAGAUUAUGCUACAAUGAUCUACGUUGGAGCCAGAGUAUUUGGAUAUUUAAAGAAAAAUCUUGGUUAUUUAAAAACAAAUUUAGGAGAAAAUCAUCAAAGAUACAAAGCAUUUAAAACCUUUUCAAGGUGGAAUUUAUCAAUUUUAUUACUUGCAUUAAUACAAAUAUCAUUCAUAAAUAUUGAUGAUUAUGGCCAUUAUAUUAGCUUUGAUGAGAAAAUCAGAUCCACCAUCAAAACAUUAAUUUAUAUAAUUAUAUCAAGUCUAAUAAAUUUGAACUUUGAUAGUUAUUAUAAAUUAAAAAAUGAAGAUAUUGCUACAAAUAAUCAAGGAAGAAUAUUUGUGAAGAAUGAUCUAGAAACAAAUCCGCCACAAGAUGUAAUUAUACCACCUUUAGCACACAUUAGAUCUUCUGGCUCUUUCUCUGCUAAAUCAUCAGCUUCAUCCGAGUCAAACGGACAACAAUUUUAUACUACAGUUGAAGAGUUGGGAGAUGGUAGAGAAGCUGUAGUUUCACUUAAACAAUUAACAUUUGAUGAAAUACUUUUUUCUGUAUUUAGAAAAAAAUAA